AUGAAAUGCCAGAUGAAGGCUGUGCGGGCUAACCAACCAGCCUCAGUUUUUGUGUGUUUAUUUUUGUUUUAUUUAUUUUGUGUUGCUCUCUUCCCACAGGAGCACAGAGGCAGUGUUAAACCUUUCGUCAACUUCAAUGCCAAACAUGAUGCUGAAAUCCUGCAUAAAGCCAUGAAAGGAAUCGGUACGGAUGAAGACGCCAUCCUCAUGCUUCUGGCUGCACGUAGCAACGAUCAGCGCCAGCAAAUUAAAGCAGCCUACAAGAAGGCGUAUGGAAAGGAUUUGGUCAGCGCCUUGAAAUCGGAGCUCGGUGGACUGUUUGAGAGUCUGAUCGUUGCGUUGAUGACCCCUCCAGCCUUAUACGAUGCUACCCAGCUGCACAAAGCUCUAAAGGGCGCCGGGACUGAUGACGAUGUGCUGAUUGAGAUCCUGGCCUCCAGGAGCGGAGAACAGAUUAAAGAUAUCAUCAAAGUCUACAAGAAAGAGUUCAGCGGCAAGCUGGAGAAAGAUAUCUGCGGUGACACCUCGGGGCACUAUCAGAAACUACUGGUGAUCCUCCUGCAGGGGAGCAGGGAGGAGGGAGUGGACGAGGAAAAGAUAGAGAAAGACGCUAAGGACUUGUACGCCGCUGGGGAAGGCAAGUUUGGCACAGAUGAGGAAAAAUUCAUCACAAUCCUUGGCAACAGGAGCGCAGAGCAUCUCAGGAAAGUGUUUGAUGCAUACCAGAAAAUCUCCGGCUCUGAUAUCGAGGACAGCGUUAAAGGAGAGACCACAGGGAAUCUGGAGAACUUGCUUCUCGCUGUUGUGAAAUGUGCCAGAAGUGUACCAGAGUUUUUUGCUGAAGGCCUGUAUAAAUCAAUGAGGCGUGCUGGAACUGAUGACGAGACCCUGAUGAGGAUUAUGGUGUCAAGGAGUGAGGUGGACAUGUUGGACAUCAGAGCCGUCUUCAAGAAGAAGUAUGGAGAGUCUCUUUACACCACUAUCCAGGAGGACACAGGUGGAGACUACCAAAAGGCUCUGCUCUACCUCUGUGGUGGGAAUGAUUAA